UGCAGGGAUGCCCGGCUCGGAGGUAGGCAACUGAAUGGCGGGCAUGGAAGGGAGAGGACCCUACCGCAUCUACGACCCUGGCGGGGGCUCGGAGGACAAUGGAGCCGCAGCCUUUGAGCGGCUGGUGGAGGAGAACACCCGGCUAAAAGAGAAGAUGCAGGGGAUCAAGUCUAUCGGAGAGCUGCUGGAGGAGUCCCAGAUGGAGGCAUCCAAGCUGAGACAGAAGGCAGAGGACCUCGUGAAGGACAACAAAAUGCUGAUAGCAUCAUCUUCCUUGGAGGACCUGGUGGAAACUGGAGCCAUCGGCCCUGAUCCCAGCUCCACACAGGCUGUCCCAGGCAGUGCCCAGCCAGACGUGGAAGCACGGAAAUCUUCCCCAAAUGGAUCCUCUUCAGACUUCGAGAUCGUCCCUGUGGAAGCACAGGGGUUUCCCCAGGAGAGCAGGAGAGUGGACUUUGAGCAGCCAUCAAAUGAGGAUGCCAACCUAUUGCCCCAGCUGCAGCAGCUGGAGAGCACACUGAGUGGCUGUGCCAAGGAGGCCAGCAAGGACCAGGUCUUCAUGCGCAUGGGCUACAUGGCCUCCGAGCUCAAGCGCCUGGCCUCCAAGGUGCACAAGAAUGAGCAGAGAACAUCCUUCCUGCAGACGCUGUGUGAGACACUGCACAGUGAGAACAAGGAGCUGCGAACCAAGCUGGAGCGGGAUCUGGAGCAGAGAAACCAGGCACUGGAGAAGCUGAGGUGUGAGAACCAGGAGCUCCGCAGAAUGGUGACACUGGGCAACCAGGAUGGUGGGAAGAGGGAAGCUGCCGAGCAGCAGCAGCAGAGCGGGGCCACGGUGGAGAAGGCGCCAGGCAGAGGAGAGAUGGAGGCCAAGGAGAAGAAGGUGAAGAUCCUGGAGCACCAGCGCAGGGAGCUGCUGGAGGUGAACAAACAAUGGGAUCAGCACUUCCGAGCCAUGAAGCAGAAGUACGAGCAGAAGGUAGGGCUGGGCGCGUGCCACCACCAGGAGCUGGCCGAGGCCCGCAGGGCACUGACUGAGCUGGAGUCGGAGCGGGAGCAAAAGCAGCGGGAUUUCGACCGCAAGCUGCUGCUGGCCAAGUCCCGGAUCGAAACAGAGGAGGCAGAGAAGGAGAGGCUGUCCAUGGAGGUGAGGGACCUGCAGCAGAGGAUGCGGUUCCUGCAGGAGCAGCUGGCUCCAGUCACCAGGCAGCGGGAAUACCAGGAAAAGGAGAUCCAGAGGCUGAACAAGGCACUAGAGGAGGCCCUGAAUGUCCAGGCCUCUCCACCACCCAUCUUUGCCAGCGCCAUGGAGACAGCAGGGAAGGUGCCAUCACAGGAGCUGCUGACCCAGAAUGAGCUGCUCAAGCAGCAGGUGAAAAUCUUCGAGGAGGACUUCCAGCGGGAGCGGAGCGACAGGGAGAGGAUGAACGAGGAGAAGGAGGAGCUGAAGCAGCAGCUGGAAAAGCUGCAGAAGCAGUUGGUCCUCUCCAACAACCAGCUGCGAGCUUCCAAAGAUGACUGCCAGAGAGAAAAGGAGGAGAAGGAGAAGCUGAAGAAGCUGCUGAAACAGCACAAACAGGCGUCUGGAGAGAGGCUGCACCCCGAGCCACUGCAGGGGCCGCUGGGCCCUUCCUGCCCCGUGUACCCGUAUCAGUACAGCCCCCCCGUGGCUCACCCCAUGUACCAUGGCUUUGAGGAGUGGCAGCAGAUCCGGUACCCACCGGCGAUGCCAGGGGAGCACACACCAGGACAGAACUUCCACCACUUCUCCCCGCCCGAGUACCCCUGGCACCCGCCCUGCGCCAUGGCUCCCCGCGUCCCCAAGGACUUGGGCAGGUCCCAGACUGCCCUAACGCCAAGGACCGGCUGCGCUGCGCUACCCGCAGAAGAGGAGUAG